AUGAUCUCACGCCCACUUCUGCUGCAGAUCAUCUUAUUCGGUGUCGCACUUACGACCACCAAAGCGGGUGGAGACCUCAGGGAACAGUCAAAUCUGGAUCUUUUCGGUUCUUCCUCAGAAGACGACGCUAAGGAGCUAGAAAAUAUAUUCAAGAGCGACGAUUCAGCUGAACAAAGGAAAUCCGAAGCUCCACAAACCGAAGAAGUCACGAACACGCCGAUUUCAUUCAUAACAGUGACAGAAUCUCAGGACUCUUCAACUCAAGUCUUUAUCACAACACCAAACGAGAAUUCCACUCCAGCCAGUUCUGCAAACACCGUGGGAAGAGACAUCUCAGAUAUUGCAUCCACUAUGCCGUCAACGAAGCAUGGCUCUGCUGAUGAGGUGACUGUAACCAAGAUGCGACCGUCCACACCUGCGGAAAAGGAUGAACUCCCUAGUGCCACGACCGAAGUUUCUGAUUCAGUACCUUCUACAUCAGAUGUUCUCAUUACAGCAACUAUGGAUAUCACUCAGCGGGAAUCUACAGUCACACCGAGGGAAUACAUCUCAGGAUCUACAUUCGCCACGUCAUCAGAAUCUACCAGUACACCAGCUGAACAAAGCUCAACGAUGAUGGAAGGAGUAAAUGCAACAAUGGUAUUACCGUCUGCAUCCACUGGAAAGGAUGAGCUACUUGAAGUUACGACCGAAGCUUCUGAGACAACAGCUUCUACAACGGGAGAAACAGAAACGGAAGGUGCUGCAAGUAAGGCGUUCACUUCCACAAAAGGAACAUUGAGCACAACUACGCCCGAAAAGGUUACGUCGGCUGCGAUAACGAAGAGAACCUUUUUGGAAAAUGACGACCCCAUCACAGAUGCGAGCACAGCAUUCUUGAGCACAGCGAUAACGACUGUAUCCCCAAUCGCGGAAUCUACUUCUACGAUCACUUCGAAGCCUACAGUCACAAGUUCAAUUAUUCCUACUAUACUUCCAAGUACAGAGACAAACUACAGCCAGGCUACUUCCACCGCAUCAACUAGUACCACAGUUCCUAGUAGUAUCAGCACGGAAGUCCCAUCAACGACCACAUCAGCAAGGCCAACAACCACUAAUCCUCAGACCUGCGUUGAUGCGAAGAGGAUAGGAAAAAGUCGCAUCAAUUGCUCCAAAUACAGAAGAAUGUGUUUUAUCGAAGGCUACAAAAAUAUGCUGAAGAAGUACUGCCCCGUCACAUGUGGAUACUGCAAGUGUCAGUUAUAA